GGUGUGAAAAAGCUACACCCACCUGCGCUCACCUCCACUCUCCACUCUUUGCUGACCUGAGUCCGAUGGAAAAGCAUGACCCGAACGAGCCCCCUCCUUACUACUCUAUUGCGGUGCACACCCAGCCCCCCCUCAAGUCCUAUGAGGAGGUGGUGUAUGGCGUGGGUCCAGGCCUGACACCCUCAGCCUAUCCACAAUACAUCCCCCAGUAUGUACAACCUGUGGUUGUUACCCAAGUCCCACAGUCAAGCAUAUCCCCCAGCAGAAAGAGGAAGAGAUGCUGCGAGGGUAAUGCCCAGUGUUACGGAGGGUCAGGGGGAACUGUAUUGGUGCUCGGACUGCUGGCACUGGGAAUCUGGCUUGGAGUUCGUUAUGGCACCCGGUGGGCAACAUACCAAUUCCAUGAUGAAGAGCACAGUGAUGACAAAGAUGAAUAUCCGUCUUUGCCACUCAUCGACACCUGCCCCAACAAUACUGUCCAAUGUGAUGGAAUAAGGGACUGCCAGUUGGGCACUGACGAAACAAACUGUGUGAGAUUUGGCAUGGACAGCGAUCUGCAGGUCAGGACAUCACAAGAUGGCCGCUUCCUACCUGUGUGCUACAAAGACUGGAACAAGAGCUACGCCGAUCUGACUUGCGCUCAAGUGGGAUUGAGAGAGUCCUAUGUCUACAAAGCAAUUACAGCCCAGGAGUCCAUUGGUUUAACAUUGAGCAACAGCUUAUCUUCACUUAUCCAGAGCAAGGUUAAAGUCAGCUCAUCCUGUCCAAACCAGAAGAAAGUCUUCCUACAGUGUGUGGAUUGCGGUCAGCAGGAGUCUACAUCUCGGAUUAUUGGGGGCAGCGUAGCUAAGGUGGGUCAGUCACCUUGGCAGAUGUCACUGCACUUCAAAAGUUCCCACGUCUGCGGAGGAAUCCUGAUCUCUCCUGACUUUGUGCUGACCGCUGCCCACUGCUUCCAAAGCAACUCUUUAGCUAACGUGGAGAAGGACUGGCAGGUGUACGGUGGCGUUGUGUCUUUGGAUCGACUACCUGAACCCUACCGGGUUAAGAGGAUCGUACUCAAUCAGAACUACAACGGCAAGACUAAUGACCAGGACGUCGCUCUGAUCAAACUUAAAUCUCCAGUUAGAUUAAAUGCUAAAGUCUGGCCAGCUUGUCUGCCAGGUUUUAACUAUGAAGUUCCCCAUGCAACCAAAUGCUGGACCUCAGGUUUUGGCACCACUAAGGCCGGAUCAGGCACUAUCUCCAGGGAUCUAAUGGAAGUGUCUGUGGUCAUCAUUGAUACAAAAGUGUGUAAUAGCCCCAGGGUGUAUGCAGAUGGCGUGACCAAGCACAUGUUGUGUGCCGGGGACCUGAAUGGAGGCAAAGACUCCUGUCAGGGUGACAGUGGUGGACCUCUGGUGUGUCAGAGUGGCAACCGUUGGUACCUGGUGGGGAUCACCAGCUGGGCUGGCUGUGGUGGAAGAAACAAGCCUGGCGUUUACACCAAAGUCAGCAGUGUUCUGCCGUGGAUCUAUAGCAAUAUGCAGCUAGAGAUGCCAUGAUGUCCCUUUGUCUCCUACUGGAGUUCUACUCCCCCACCCCCUUUCCCAAUUAACCCGGCAUUAUGAAGUUGAGACAUGGAAGGAUUUACACAUUAAAAAUGAAGGACAAACAGGUGAACGGCUUGGCGGAUAACAACACGAUAAAUUGCACAGCGUGAACACAGGACAUCUUUCUUGUGUUCUGCAUUAUCUACACUUUUCAUCCUCUGUCAUUCGGCUGUGAUGUUUACUACCUGAACCUGAUUAUCGAUACACACCAAUCAAAGCACUGAUUUCAGUCUUGCAUUCUUGAUUUGCUUGUUCUGCCUGUUGGUGUCACAGUCAUACAGUAUACUUGUUUUUACCUUUGUGUUAAGCAAACUUUAAAUACGAGUGGCCCUUCCUUUAUGUGUUCUGUGCCAAUGAAACACAGUCCACUCUACUGUGAA